GGGUAGAUAAAAGGCUGUUUGUUGCUUUAUGUUAAUCCUUCGCUUAACUGUAGACAGGUAUUCAGCUCUUUAAUCGGCUUCGACUGUCCAUUUCUCUGCAUCUGUCAAUAUGGUCAACGUGCACAAAGGUGUCCUUGUUGAAUGUGAUCCUGCCAUGAAACAAUUUCUCCUGUACCUGGAUGAAACGAUGGCCUUGGGAAAGAAAUUCAUCCUCAAGGAUCUUGACGACACGCACGUGUUCAUUCUUGCAGAGGUGGUUCAAACACUCCAGGAGAGAGUCGGAGAGUUGAUGGACCAGAAUUCAUUCCCCAUCACACAGAAAUAAACUGUCAGAAGAAGUGUUACUUUUUGGCCAUGGACUGCUCAUGAUCUCUGGAUAAAUGUUUGCAGUGUUUUAACUGCAGACUACAGUGGAUUACUGUGAAAAUGCUCAAGGAGUUUAAUACAUUUUGAUAGCAGGUUCCAGAAUAUGUUUUCUUUUUCUUUGCCUUCUUUAAAUUGCAGAUUAAAGCUACUGUGUCUGCAGCA